AUGUCUCACCUGCUCCGGGUGCUGCUGCCACUGCUCUCCCUUGCUGCCCUCCUGGAAGCACAGUGGAAACUGAGGGAAAAUGUGUAUGUCAUAGAAUCUGAGUGGAAUGCUGAGACACCAGGCACAAGAGUGGAGCUCACCUGCAACACCUCUAAUGAAGCAGUAUACUGGAGGAAGGACUCAGAGUGGAAAGGCCAAGGGAAGACUCUGAUUGCUGAAGUGAAGGAGUUCCCAGAUGCUGGCAACUACACCUGCCGGGCAGAGAACACCCACGAGAUCCUCAGCUACAGCUUCUUACUCAUAGCUAAAAUUGACUCCAAUGGGCAGAUGAUCAGGUCAAUCCUGAAAAGCUUUAAAGAGCCAAACUGGACAUUUCUGAAAUGUGAGGCCAAGAACUACUCUGGAAUUUUCAUGUGUUCAUGGAUGACAGAAAAUGAGAGUCCAAAUGUGAAGUUCACCAUCAGAAGCCUAGAAGGCCCCCAGGGACAGGUGAGCUGUGGCAGCCCCGUGGCCCAGCCCGACGGUGCCAUCACCAGGUACACAGCCCAGUGCCGCCGGGACAACCACUGCCCCUUUGCUGAGGAGCACCAGCCCAUCGAGAUGUUCCUGGAGGUCACUGACGAGGUGGAAUACGAGAACUACACCAGCAGCUUCUUCAUCAGGGAUAUCAUUAAGCCUGACCCACCCCAGUGUCAGUACGUGGCCUCGACCGGAACAGUGACCUGGACAUACCCCAAAACAUGGAGCACCCCAAAGUCCUACUUCCCUCUGACUUUCAAGGUCAAAGUCGAAAACACCAAGAGACGCAAGCCUCAGGUCAUUGAGGUCGAUGAGGAGUCUGUCCAGCUGUCAAACACUGGGCCCAGGGACAGGAUCUCCGUGCAGGCCAGAGAUCGCUAUUACCACUCCUCCUGGAGCGACUGGUCCUCACUCUGCAGGUAA